CGACACAUCCGGCUUGAUUGCGGCACCGCUAAAGCGAGUAGCUAGUAUGGAGAUGGCCGACAACACAAUUACAGUGACAGUUGCAUAUGGCACAUCCAAGCACAACAUCACACUAACAGGGCAGGAUGGAGACGAGCCUUCACUUAAGGAUUUAUCCGAGGCGCUAACAGAGGCUACGGGUGUACCAGCUCCUUCGCAGAAAAUCAUUUUCAAAGGGAAGUCCUUGAAGGACAUGGACGAAAGGUUGUCAAGCUUUGGGAUAAAGCAAGGAUGUAAACUUAUGAUGAUUGGGAAAAGGAACAGUCCAGAGGAGGAGGCUGAACUGAAAAAGCUCAAAGACAUCGAAAAGUCUGUGGAACAGACGGCCAAGAAGCUUGAGAAAGUGGAUGACGAAUUGUCAGGACUAAAGAAUGGAUUUUUAGCAAAGGAUUUACAGGCUGAAGCGCUUAACAAACUGGACCAUAGAGUGAAGGUUGCUGCAGAACAGUUCAUGAAGAUCCUGGAGCAAAUUGACACUUUGAGCUUGCCUGAGAAUUUUAGUGACUGUAGAAUGAAGAAAAAGGGACUUGUGAAAACUGUUCAGGGCUUCCUAGCACAGUGUGACAAAAUUGAAGCUGGUAUAUCGGAUCAUCUGGCAAAGAUUCAGACCAAAAAUUUAGCCCUUGCAGAAAAGUGAUGAGAGAACUCCUUUUACUUCAGUGGUUGCCCUGCAGUUGCUCUGUGAGUGACUGUAGAACCAUCAAAAUUAGCUUCAGUACUGGAGCAGGUUCUGGAGUGUUUAUAUAUGCUUUCUGUCCUAAUAUGGGCAGUGCAAAAAAAUCUGUUGUAGGUUUUUAAUGUUUGAAUUGCAUUCAGCAUCUUCAGGUGCCCUGCAGUGCUGUAGUUCAGAUCCAAUAUUCUUUAUUGCUGUAUAUCUUUCUGCUUCUACAACCCAAGCACAUAACUUUACAUAAAUAUAAAACUACAAGAUUCAGUGAAUGUCUAUCUAAGUAAUACCUGCUGUUUUGUGACCAUUUUAAUUACUAGGUAUGACAAACAUUUAAAAUUUUAUAUUUGCUUACUAAUUUACUAUGGUCAAAAGUGGAGGUACAGCAUGUUGUGCUGUUAGUAUUGCUCAGCUGUCAUAUCUAAUGAGGGGAACUGAACAAUAUUGUGUACUUAAAUGGUAGAAUGUUAUCUUAAUUUUAUCAUGCCUCAAUAUUAACAUGCUUAAAGCCAUUUCUGUGGUAUUAUUAGCCUAUUAUGCAAUAAUCAAGUCUUUGCAGGGAGUUUGUAGAUACACGUUGUGCAUUUUGCAGAUGUAUUUAACUUCAUGUAAAAGCCAAUGUAUAUAAAAUAAAGGUACAAAGAAACAAACAUGGUGAUUUUUAGGGCUAUUGGUCAUAUAUGUUUUGGUUCUUUUAGUAUAGUACUUUUUCCAAAUUUUCUGUUAAGAACAAUAUAACCCCAGAACAAGAAUGUUUUUAGGUGGCAAUAUGGAAAUCUCUGCAGAAUUAUCACGAAAAUCACUCAUUAAAAAGAGUCGCUGAAUCUUGAAGGACAUGCUAAUGAGAAUGUUGUCAUAUGCUUGGCUGAAUCGUAGUCCUGAACUGCUUCUCCUCAGUGAGUACUUCUCAAUAAAUCCAAGAAAAUGUGUCAGUUU